GGGCCGUCUGGGUCUCCAGGAUGGCAACUCGGCGUGCGAUAAAAGCGGUCUUGGUGGAUCUGAGUGGCACGCUUCAUAUAGAAGACUCCGCUGUGCCAGGAGCCCAAGAAGCUCUUAAAAAGUUGCGUUCUGCUCCCGUCGCCAUCCGAUUUGUGACAAACACAACCAAAGAGUGCAAGCAAGACUUGCUGGGCAGGCUGAAGAAACUCGAGUUUGACAUUAAGGAGGACGAGAUCUUCACCUCUCUGACGGCGGCCCGGAAUUUGUUGGAGCAGAAAAAAGUCCGUCCUUUGCUGAUGGUGGAAGAAAAUGCUUUGCGCGAUUUUGCAGGCAUUGACACAAGCCAUCCGAAUGCUGUGGUGAUUGGCUUGGCUCCUGACCAGUUCAACUAUCAAACUAUGAACAAAGCUUUUAGGUUGGUGCUGGACGGGGCUCCCCUCAUAGCUAUUCACAAAGCGAGGUACUACAAGAAGAAAGAGGGCCUUGCCCUGGGCCCAGGGCCCUUUGUGGCCGGGCUGGAGUACGCCACGGAGCAGACGGCCACAGUGGUGGGGAAGCCAGAGCGGACGUUUUUCCUGGAGGCCUUGCGGGGGACCAGCUGUGGACCCGAGGAAGCCGUCAUGAUUGGCGAUGACUGCCGGGAUGACGUCGGGGGCGCCCAGAACGCCGGCAUGCUGGGAAUACUGGUGAAGACUGGGAAAUACCGAGACGCCGAUGAAGGCAAAAUUGACCCUCCGCCCUACUUAACCUGCGAGAGUUUCCCCCAUGCCGUGGAACACAUCCUGCAGCAUCUGCUCUGAAGAAGCACCACAACUUUUGAACGACACACCUUCCAGGGCCACCAAACGGAAUGGACCAACGGCGUCCUUUGCACAGCGUUCCGACUCGCUUGGUGCAUUUUUUUGUUGUUGUUUUUGCAGGACUGUUUUGGGGACUGUGGUGGAAUGAAAGUUCUCUGUGUACAAUUGCUUCUCACACCCUAAAAGUUAUCCUACGCAACAGGAGUCUGUGCCCCACGUUCCCGUCUGCGUUGCUUGGUCCCCAAGGACAGAGAGAGGAUGUGCGAGAUUGAGUAAGGAAGGAGAUGAGUGACUCGCCCAUGCAUGCUGCUCAGAGUCAGCUUGAACUGCGAGAUGGGUAGCCAAUAAAUC